AUAUGAAGGAAACUGCGGAGGAAACCGGAAGUACGAGCACAGCCGCGAAAAACGUCGUUGAGAAGGGUGAAGUCGAAGCCACGAAAGAGAAAGGAAACGAGAAAGAAAAAGAGAAAGAGAAGGAAAAGGAAGAAGACAAGAACAAGAAAAAGGAUAAGAGUGAGAAAGAGGAUAAUGAUAAGGAUACUGGAAGCGAGCAAGAAAUCGUUUUCAUUCAAGAUAUGGGAUUCACUGUUAAGAUUGUUAGUCCAGGUGCUGAACCUUUUGAUAUCCAAGUUUCCAGUAUGGAGUUGGUUCAGGAAAUCCACCAGUUACUCAUGGAUCGCGAGGACACCUGUCACCGCACAUGCUUUUCCCUUCAACUCGAUGGUAACACAUUGGAUAACUUUGCUGAGUUAAAGAAUAUCGAAGGCCUAAAAGAAGGUUCGGUUAUUAAAGUCGUGGAAGAACCGUACACUAUGCGAGAAGCUCGUAUACAUGUUCGACAUGUUCGAGAUUUAUUGAAAUCUGUGGAUCCUGCGGAUGCUUACAACGGCGUCGAAUGUAGCAGUUUAUCGUUUUUAAAUGUGGUUACCAAUGGUGACAUCCUUGAAAAGAAAAAGACCAGAGCAGACUCGGUUGAUUGUACUCCACCUGAUUAUAUUAUACCUGGCUGCAAAGAUAGACCAUUAUUACCCUUACAACCGCAAGCCAAAGAACAAAAAUGUCCUCCUUGUUUAAAAGUAUUAACAACAUCCGGUUGGAAUCCACCACCCGGUCAUAGAAAACUGCACGGUGAUUUAUUGUAUUUACACGUGGUAACGUUAGAAGACAAGCAAUAUUAUUUGACCGCGUGUGCCAGAGGUUUCUUCCUCAAUCAAUCGACAAAAGAAGUAUUUAAUCCAAAACCAGCAACUCCGAGUCAUCUGUGUCAUAGUUUAAUUGAAUUACUGAACCAACUCAGUCCGGCUUUUAAACGGGGUUUUGUUGCUAUGCAAAGACGAAGAACGCAGAGACAUCCAUUUGAACGAGUAGCCACACCUUAUCAACUUUACGCCUGGUGUGCGCCUCAAAUUGAACAUACAAUCGAUGCAAUACGUGCUGAAGAUACUUUCUCUUCUAAGUUGGGAUACGAAGAACAUAUCCCUGGCCAAACUCGAGAUUGGAACGAGGAGUUGCAAACAACGAGAGAGUUACCUCGUAAAAACUUACCUGAAAGAUUACUUAGAGAACGUGCUAUUUUUAAAGUUCACAGUGAUUUUGUCGCUGCUGCUACUCGAGGUGCAGUGGCCGUAAUAGACGGUAAUGUAAUGGCAAUAAAUCCCGGUGAGGAGGCAAAGAUGCAGAUGUUCAUUUGGAACAAUAUUUUCUUCUCUCUUGGGUUUGAUGUCAGAGAUCAUUAUAAGGAACUCGGCGGUGAUGCUGCUGCUUUCGUCGCGCCUAAGAACGACUUACAAGGUCUUAGAGUAUAUGCUGCCAUUGAUCUACCUGGUCCUUACACGCUUGGUACUGUUGUAAUCGAUUACAGAGGAUAUCGUGUCACCGCUCAGUCAAUCAUCCCUGGAAUCUUGGAACGCGAGCAGGAGCAAUCUGUUGUUUAUGGUUCUAUAGAUUUUGGGAAAACGGUUCUUUCGCAUUCAAAGUAUCUUGAAUUGUGGAAGGAGUUGAACUGAGCAAAGAAGCUAGAGCUUUAGGUUUUCCAAUUGAACACAAGCAUAAACUAGCUUGCCUUCGUCAGGAAUUGAUCGACUCCUUUGUUGAAGCUAGAUACGUGCAAUUUAUUAAACAUGCUGCUUUUCAUUUGCAGCAACUUACAUCUGCAAGAAGAGUGCAGAAGGAAAAUGAAACCAUUGUUAAGGAUGGUAAAAGGGAAGAAUUAAAUGCUGUUGCAGUGGAUAGUAACAAGGAAGAUUCCACUCAUACUUUGAUAGAAACAGAUGAAGCCAAGAAGAUUGUGGAAAUGGAAGAAAGUACAAAAGAAAUAGUUCGAAGGGCUGCAGCAGCAGUUGGUAGCUUGCGAGAAGCAGAAUUUGACGUCAGAUUUAAUCCAGAUGUAUUUUCUCCAGGCGUUAGACAUCCAGAUCCAAAUGGUCCUGCUUUAAAAAAACAAAAACAAUUGGUACAAGAUGCCGCCGACUUUUUACUUACCGUACAAAUACCUACUUUUAUUCGAGAAUGUUUAGAUCAUACAGCUGCCGCAAUGGAUGGUAGUAUAUUAGUGGAAGCUUUACACGGCAAAGGUAUUAAUGUACGAUAUCUUGGUAAAUUAGCAGCUAUGUUAUCUACUGUUCCACAACUACAAUAUCUGAAACGUAUUGCUGUUUCGGAACUUAUUUUACGAUCGGCGAAACACAUUUUUACAUUUUAUAUGCAGGGUACAGAACUAAUGAGUCUUUCCGCAGCUAUUAGUCAUUUCUUAAAUUGUUUAUUUUCUUCUGCACAAAUUAUUCAUCCGCAACAAAAUCUGGAAGAGCUUCAAAGUAAAACUGCCAAACGACGUAAUAAAAGAAAAGGUAGAAAUAAUGGUCCACAACAGUCUGAAGUGGAAUGGGCUUCCUUAACGCCUAAAUCUCUUUGGCAACAAAUUAAAGCAGAUCUGAAAAGUUAUUACGAUUGGGAGACACCGUGUCCAGAGUCGUUGGAUGCCACGAUAGAACAUUUUCACCUUCAAAAAAUUUCUUUGCUCCGUAAUUUCUGCAUAAAGACUGGCAUUCAAAUUUUGUUACGUGAAUAUAACUUUGAGAAUAAGAACAGAGCUACGUUUUUCGAAGAAGAUAUACUCAAUAUAUUCCCUGUUGUAAAGCAUAUCAAUCCUAGAGCUAGUGAUGCAUAUAAUUUCUAUACAACUGGACAAAGCAAAAUUCAACAAGGUUAUUUGAAAGAUGGAUAUGAACUAAUUAGCGAGGCACUCAAUUUAUUGAAUAAUGUAUAUGGUGCAAUGCAUCCUGAAAUUGCACAAUGCCUUAGAAUGCUUGCGCGAUUGAAUUACAUAAUGGGUGAUCAUGCGGAAGCUCUUGCUACCCAACAAAAAGCAGUCCUCAUGUCAGAAAGAGUUAACGGUAUAGAUCAUCCAUAUACUAUUACUGAAUAUAUUCGUCUAGCUCUAUAUUCUUUUGCCAAUGGUCAAGUCUCUGUAUCACUUAGGUUACUGUAUAGAGCACGUUAUUUAGCGUUAUUGGUUUGUGGUGAAGACCACCCAGAAGUAGCACUUCUUGACAGCAAUAUUUCGCUGAUUCUCCAUGCUGUUGGAGAAUAUGAAUUAUCGCUUCGAUUUUUGGAGCAUGCUUUGGCCUUAAAUCUUCGAUAUCAUGGGCCACGAUCUUUGAAAGUUGCUGUUUCUUAUCAUCUAGUCGCGAGAACUCAAUCUUGUAUGGGUGAUUUCCGCGCAGCUUUAAAUAACGAGAAGGAAACUUAUGCUAUUUAUAAACAACAGUUAGGUGAAGACCAUGAAAAAACCAAAGAAAGUAGCGACUGUUUGAGACAUUUAACGCAACAGGCUGUGGUUCUACAGAAAAAGAUGAAUGAAAUUUACACUGGAAAAUCUGGUGUUAGCUUACCACCGAUUCAAGUGCAACCGCCUAGUAUGGGAUCCGUACUUGAUAUGUUGAAUGUGAUUAAUGGUAUUUUAUUCGUCCAAAUCAGCCAACAGGAUAUUGAGAAUUUCAAAGCGGAAAUAGAGAAACGGCAAAAAGAACAAACACCUGAUAGAGAGACGAAGGUACUUCAAAAUGGAAACAAGAAAAACGAAAAGGAAAAUAAGAAAGAAGAGAAAGAAAAUAAGAAAGAGGAGAAAGAAAAUAAAAAAAAUGAAAAAGAGAGUAAAAGAGAAGAGAAAGAGAAUAAAAAAGACGAAAAAGAGAAUAAGAAAAUAGAGAAGAAGGCGGAAGUACAGAAAGAGUUGAAAAAACUGGAGGAAAAUAAGACAAUGUUAGAAUCAGUAGUAGCAGAGAGCUGAGCUCGUUUUAAACCGCUGAUGAUACUUAGUAGUUUUUUCUGAAUCCUAGUCUUUCCCUACCCGCGUCCAGUCUUUUUUAAGAGUAACGCGAGUACGGCAUAUAUAACUGAUUGGGAUAAAAUGAAAAUGACAAGUGUUUGUUCGAGAUAAGGAUCGUUAUUUGAUGUAUCGUACAUACAUUUAUAAAGUGCUACCAGAAUCAUCGAACUUUUAUAGUGUGGCGAUCAACGACAGCAUAGCUAAAACUUUUCGAAAGAGCUAGAUUUCCUAAUGCUCGCGAUGCUCAAGUACAAUACGUCAAGCUAUAAAAUUUAUUUGACUGAAUUGAUUCUCUAUUUAUGUAAAUAAUUCUGAAUGAAAAAAUUCAUUGCCUUAGCGCGUAUGCUUGUCACAAAUUUUACUCGUGAUUGGAUUUACAAACUUAUUCGAACAGAAAGUAUUUUUUCUUGAAAAUCAUAAUCAACAAUUUAUGUCGCCUAAUGUUAUCGUGUUUUUUCUAAAAACUCAAUUAAUUCUAUUUUAUAAUGAUAAUGGAUUUUGCAUACGUAAUACCUCUAUUAAUCGACGAAACAAUAAACUAAUAUUUGUUCCAGGAUAUUGCACAAUUGAUGCUAAAAUUCAAAUGAAACGUAUUGUAUCAGUGAAAUUAAAAUGCUACGGCAAUUAUCUGUAAAACGAAUAAUGGACUUUAUUAUCAUAGAAUAUAAGUCAUUUUUUUUUCUACACUUUUGAUAGGCUAUUUUAUUACAUAUUCAAAAUCAUUGUUUUGUGCCAUUUAAGCAUCGCUGUCACUUCCCCAUUUUAGUUGCCAUUAAUACAUAUUGAAGUCAUAUAUGUAAUUGUUUUUCAUUUUUAGAUAAUUUUAAUCUUGUUGAAUUCGAUAUAAAUAUUUAUAGGUAAAAUUGAAAUUACAUGGAAAUCAAUAACGAACAAUAUUUGUAUUGUAUUCAACAAGACAAAUUUAUACAGUUGUGUUCAUCAUUUUUAUACUGUAUACAUCAUAUAAAAAGCUUUUCUCCAUCUUUUUAUCACCGUUGUUUUAUCGUCACCCUAUGUGAGGAUUUGAAUCUGUUAUAUAAUUUCAUAAAAUUUACGUAUAAAAUAAAUUAUUUUCUAUGGAACCUAAAUUCGAAUCUUAAACGGUUUCCAUAUUAUUCUUAAGCGAAUUUUCAACUUGUUCCGAAUUUAUUUCAAUUUUGUUUGUUUUUAAUCGUUUUCUUUUCUUUUUGUUUGAGUUCUCAUGCUGUUUUUGAAAAUAUUCUCUGACACCUAAUUUAUUUAUUAAAUACUGUCGAAACAUUUCUAGGGCAUUCUUGCCACCAGUUCCUUUUUCGUAGAUCAUAGAUAUUUUUACAUCGUCAUUUUCAGCUUCUUCAUUUUCGAUCACUUCAGCAAAAACGUUACAUAUUAACAAAGGUUCAUUUUUAUCUCCUGAGUUAUUCUUUAAUAAUUUUUCUGUAGUAUCAUUUAUUACAGUUGUACAUUCUGUAUUACAGUUGUUCAUUGUGUCAUGAUCCACAGAUUGAUUCAUUAAUCUUUGAGCUAAUCGACGUUUUCUACGUGCAUGUGACCAUGUAUCAUUUUUUGCAACUAGUUGAUACGACCAACCAUUAAAGUCAUCAAUUGGCAAAUUUAAUUCCUUGAUUUUGUUACUUGUAAUUGUUCCAGUAUUUCUUCUAGAAAAUUAACAAAGUUGUCAAAAGAAGAAAAUUUAUGCCUCAUUGGGAAUUGUAUUUCUGUUGGACGUUGUUCUCUUAAUAAUUUUACAAUGUAAUCUCCACUUUUUUGAAUAACAGGCGCAUUUGUCAAAUUAAUAACAUCUUUGGGUAGAAAUCAAAAAAGAUAUAUUCACCUUUUUGUGUGUCCUUGACAAAAUUCUGUCCAUGUUGAAUUUUCUAUAUCUUUUUUCUUUAGAAAUUUUAAUAAAAAUAAUAAAUUACUUCUUCUGCCAAACAUAGUAGUAUAAAUUUUUACUUUGUUUUUAAUUUCUACACUCUCUUCAAUCAUUUGUGUUACAAAUGCUCUUUCACCACCUUCAACUGUAAGUUCAACUUUAUUUCCAGUUGGAGCAUUUCUUGGUGGUAGUCGCUUUAUUACUUUCUCUGAUGAUCCUUCUAUUUCAAAAAAAGGAGGAUUACACAUUGUAAAAUGAUAUAUGUUAUUUUCUUUUAUAAUUUCCUUCAAUAUCGUGGUUCCAUCUACUUUACAUACUUUUAUUAUGCCUUGUAAAUUAUUAUUUUCAACAUGUUGAACAGCUGUUUGCAUACUUGAUUCAUCAACUUCUGUAGCAAUCAUUUGAUUUCCAUACAUUUUUGCAAAUAAUAAAGGAUAAAUACAAACUGCACCAGUACCAAUAUCUACACCGAUCACUUCUUUCAUUUCAUGAAAAAAAGCAUGUUUCAUUAAAUCUUCAAUCCAUAAAAUAUAAUUUAAGCGUAAUGGCAGUGUUGGUACUAAUUUAUUUGCAGGUAUUUUUACUUCCAGAUUGAAAUCAUGUUUCAACAAUACUUCUGUAAGUACUCGCAGGCUUUCUUCAUUUUUGAAAUCAAUCUUUAUCUUGCCUCUUACAACAAUUGCAAUAUCACGGAAUUCUGAAUAUAAUAAAGCAAGUUCUUUAAAAUCUGGUACUUUCUUAUAUUUAUUCCUCGGAUGCAUAAACUUUCUUAAUGACAUUUUCAAAGAAUUAUUCCUUCUUCUUUUCAAUAAUGAUGUUGAUACAUAUUUUUUAUAAUACAGUAUAUGUACUCAUAACAAUUAGUAAUAUGUAAAUACUUUUUAUUUUAC